AUGCCUAUACCAACCGAAGAACAGUGGAUGUGUAUAGCAAAUCAGUAUAAUAGAUUAUGGAAUUUACCAAAUUGCUUAGGUUCAAUAGAUGGGAAACACAUAAGAAUACAAAAACUCCCUAAUACAGGAUCCACUAAUUUUAAUUAUAAAUCAUACCAUUCAAUCGUUUUAAUGGCUUGCAGUGAUGCAGAUGGAAAUUUUAUUAUGAUAGAAACUGGUUUCGCUGGUAGAAAUAGCGAUGGAGGUAUCUUUCGAGCAUCAAGAAUGGGUCGGUGGCUUGAAAGAAAUGGUUUAAAUAUGCCACAUCCUAAACCAUUGCCUAAUGACCCUAACGACAUUUGUUUUCCUUAUUAUUUUGUAGCUGACGAAGGAUUCCCUUUGAAAAAAAAUUUAAUGAGACCAUACCCACAGAGAACUUUAACAAAUAAAAAACGAAUAUUUAACUACAGACUCAGUAGAGGUAGAAAAACUGUUGAGUGUUCAUUUGGUAUGAUGUCACAAAAAUUUCAAGUACUAUUAUCACCAAUACGAUGUAAUAACGAAACUACUAUUAACAAUAUAAUAAGAUCAGUAUGUACUCUCCACAAUUUUAUACGUAAAAGGGAAGGUCGACAGUAUAUAACUUCUGUUGAUUUUGAUGAAAACUGUCCAGAAGACGUUCAAGUACCAGUUGAGUUUCUCAGAGACAACGACGAUCAAAAUGAGUUGCUGAGAACACGAGCGGCGAGUGAUAUGAGAGAUUAUUUGUCUUCAUAUUUUGUUAAGCCUUAUGCAUCGCUGCCAUGGCAGUGGAAUAAGUGUGUAUAA